AUGCGUCUUGGAACUUGCCCCCCUUCACUGCGGCCCCGAAGGUUUCAUUUACGCGUUUGGGAUGCGCUUAUACAGCACGAGCGCUCGAAGUUCGGGAGCCAAACUACGUAUCUGCGCACACGUCAUUGGCCCUCGCUCCCCCAGUUCCCGGCAUGGCUGCCGCGCGCAGUGGCGAGCUCUCGCGCUUCUGUCUCACUCGCAGAGGUGCACGCCAUCGACCUGCUGGUCAACCGGCGCCUGCGCAAGCGGUCGGCCGUUAUGUUCGGCUGCUGGUUCCUCGCCUUCGCCGUCUUCUUCAGCGUCCCCGCGAGCGACUCGAUGCACGCCGACGGCGCGGUCCGCGCCGUCGUCGCGCUUCUCAAGAUGACCGGCAUCCUCGUGGACGUGCCCAUCAUCAUGCGCGCCGGCAGGCGCCGCUCGCUGGCCUUCGGCAUGGUCGGCCUGUCCGCGCUGUCCCUGGCCAUGGCGGCCAUCCACCUGCUGCGCGCCCCGCACCAGCUGCUCGUCGGCGUCGUCGUCUGCUCGGUGCUGGUGUUCGACCUCUGCGCCGUCGCCAUGUUCCUCAUCUCGGCGGAGCUCUAUCCGACCGUGGUGCGAGCCUCCGGGCUCGCGUUCGGCUACGCGUGCGGGCGCCUCGGCGUGCUGGCCUCGUCCUACCUCGCCGACCUCCGACCAGCCGAGCUGAGGGGCGCCGCGUACGGCUUCGCGGCGGCGCUGCUGCUCCACUUGGGCAUGAUGGCGUUGGGGCUGCCGGAGACGACGCAGUCGCAGCCGGCGAACACGAUGCGCGACAUGGCGGCCCACCGCUGGGCGCUGCACUCGCCUCUCAGGGUGGCGCGCGCAGCCGCUUCCCAGGGAGGCGCCAAGCGCAAACGGUCGCGUAGCUCGAACCGCGAGCGAAGCCGAGCUCCCGACAAGUCGAUUAGCUCGCGCGACAAAUUGACUCGCUGACGUCGCCGGUGGGGGGCCGAAGCGUCCUCCAUUUCAUUUUUUUUUUUUUUUGCAUCUGCGACGGGUUCACUAUUUCUUUUCGUUUGUAUGGAAAGUUGUUGCAUUCGUCGAUAUUUUUUCUUGAUCUUCCUUAACGCUGCUUGGCAUAUAUUGCGCAAUGAAUGUCCGAAUGCAAGUAGAAGUCAGUAUAUAUAUCUGUCGUACCUAGGUAUCGCGUCAUUUUGUUUUUCAGUCGCAACUGCUUUAACGUUUGCUAUUAUGAUUAAGUUCCAUUCCCUUCCCACUUGAGAGCGCAGGAAGAAACGCGAACAAAGAGGGCUUCUCUCGACCGCAUUACAUUUUUUUUUUUUCUUUGCGGUGCUGCGUGUACUGAAAGAGAACUCGCGACAAUGCUAUUCACCCAUUUCGUCCCGUUCGGGGAGAUCUAUCGAUUUCGCAUCGAACCAUUGUUGCAUCGUUACUAUUUUGCAGUGCCGACCGCUUGCAACGAACACAUCGAGGUGCUCAUGCAAUCACGUGAAUACACGCGCUUGCAAUCGUUUUGAGUUGCCGGUAUCGAAACGAUGAUCAUGAUGAUGAAGCCUCAAGUAAUGGCACAAACUCAUUAUGGGGGAUAGGCCACAAAUUGGGAUGGAUAUUCCCCAAUUUGGAGACUCUUAGCGCUGCCUCCUGUUUUUCCUUUCCUCCUUCUUUUUUUUUCUGUGCUCAUGGCGGCAUGAUGACGGCCUUGUAACGGACUGGACAGAGAUUGGUCGGUCUAGCGUGAUGUUGCCGAGUUGAUGGUACUUUGAUGCUAAAAAUAUAAAAGGCAAAUCUAAUGCAUGUCAUUGCCCCGGAAGAGUGGUGCAAGUUUGACGUGUUCAUUGAAAUCUCGUGUUUACUGUAUAUCCAGCAUGCCGGUUUGCGUCAACAUGUGGGCACAAGGUUGUGGU